GUUCGGGCCAAUUGGAGGCUCGGAGACUGCUCGACCCGGGCGCAGCGCGCAGGCGGUGGCGGAGAGACGCCGAGCGGGCCGAGUGCGGCCGAGCAAAGCCGGAGCCGGAGCGGGGCCGCAGGAGCCGGGCUGGGUCCGCACGGGCCGAGAUGCCCUAUAAACUGAAGAAGGAGAAGGAGCCCCCUAAGAUUGCCAAAGGCACCGCCAAGCCCAGCACCUCGGGCAAGGAUGGUGGCAGCGAGAACGCCGAGGAGCCACAGCCCCAACCUCAGUCGCAGCCGCCAUCCUCCAACAAGCGCCCCAGCAACAGCACACCACCCCCGACACAACUCAGCAAGAUCAAGUACUCAGGGGGACCCCAGAUUGUGAAGAAGGAGCGACGGCAGAGCUCCUCCCGCUUCAACCUCAGCAAGAACCGGGAGCUGCAGAAGCUUCCAGCCCUCAAAGAUUCGCCCACCCAGGAGCGGGAGGAGCUGUUUAUCCAGAAGCUACGCCAGUGCUGUGUCCUCUUCGACUUCGUGUCAGACCCACUCAGCGACCUCAAGUUCAAGGAGGUGAAGCGGGCAGGUCUCAAUGAGAUGGUGGAAUACAUCACUCACAGCCGUGACGUGGUCACUGAGGCCAUCUACCCUGAGGCUGUCACCAUGUUUUCAGUGAACCUCUUCAGGACGCUGCCACCUUCCUCGAAUCCCACAGGGGCCGAAUUCGACCCGGAGGAAGAUGAGCCCACUCUGGAAGCUGCCUGGCCACACCUCCAGCUUGUGUAUGAAUUCUUCCUUCGCUUCCUCGAAUCACCUGAUUUCCAGCCAAAUAUAGCCAAGAAGUACAUCGACCAGAAGUUUGUCCUUGCUCUCCUAGACCUGUUUGACAGUGAGGAUCCUCGAGAGCGGGACUUCCUCAAGACCAUCUUGCAUCGCAUCUACGGCAAGUUUUUGGGUCUCCGGGCUUACAUCCGUAGACAGAUCAACCACAUCUUCUACAGGUUCAUCUAUGAGACGGAGCAUCACAACGGGAUUGCUGAGCUCUUGGAGAUCCUGGGCAGCAUCAUCAAUGGCUUUGCCCUGCCCCUGAAGGAAGAGCACAAGAUGUUCCUCAUCCGUGUCCUGCUGCCCCUCCACAAGGUCAAGUCCCUGAGUGUCUACCACCCUCAGCUGGCAUACUGUGUGGUACAAUUCUUGGAGAAGGAGAGCAGUCUGACUGAGCCGGUGAUUGUGGGACUCCUCAAGUUUUGGCCCAAGACUCACAGCCCCAAGGAAGUGAUGUUCCUGAAUGAGCUAGAGGAGAUCCUGGAUGUCAUCGAGCCUUCGGAAUUCAGUAAAGUGAUGGAGCCUCUUUUCCGCCAGCUUGCCAAAUGUGUCUCUAGCCCCCACUUCCAGGUGGCAGAGCGUGCCCUCUAUUACUGGAACAAUGAGUACAUCAUGAGCCUCAUCAGUGAUAAUGCUGCCCGAGUCCUCCCCAUCAUGUUCCCUGCACUCUACAGGAAUUCCAAGAGCCAUUGGAACAAGACAAUCCAUGGCCUCAUCUACAAUGCCCUGAAGUUGUUUAUGGAAAUGAAUCAGAAGCUGUUUGAUGACUGCACACAACAAUACAAGGCAGAAAAGCAGAAGGGUCGGUUCCGAAUGAAGGAAAGAGAGGAAAUGUGGCAGAAGAUCGAGGAACUAGCCCGGCUUAAUCCCCAGUAUCCCAUGUUCCGAGCUCCUCCGCCACUGCCCCCUGUGUACUCCAUGGAGACGGAGACCCCCACGGCAGAGGACAUCCAGCUUCUCAAGAGGACGGUGGAGACCGAGGCCGUGCAGAUGCUCAAGGACAUCAAGAAGGACAAAGUGCUGCUCCGGAGGAAGUCGGAGCUGCCGCAGGAUGUGUAUACCAUCAAGGCGCUGGAGGCACACAAGCGGGCAGAGGAGUUCCUAACUGCCAGCCAGGAGGCACUCUGACCCCCCUCAUCAUGCCACCCAGCCCUGGGACGCUGCUUUGGCCCUCCACCUUUCACUCCCCACUGGCUGACCUGGGGCCCGGCAGCACCUCUCUAGCUAUCUGAGAGAAGGAAGUAGGCACUUGAAGCAGGGACAUGCAGCGUACUCCCUCCUGUCCCCAGAAUGUGUCUGCGUCUCCCCGUGGCUAGUUCAGACUGGCUGAGCGCUGCCGCUGUCGCUCAGACAACUGGGGAUGCCGUGCCCCCUCCUGCUCCUACCCCACAGCUAUCCAAGCUGCUCUGAGACAUAUCUAGGAACACAUAUGCUCCUCCUCAUCCCUCCAUCCCCACUGGAACUCCAGCUAUCUCUUCCCCACUCCCAACUACAGAGGCUUCUAGGGAGCUGCAGGAGAUGAUUCUCACCAAAGUCAUGUCCAACUCCGUCAGCCCCUGGAGUAGCUGGGGGGGAGCUAACCCUCAGCAGCAGCAGCAGCACAAAGAAGCCCCCAGCCCCACCAGUACACAGGCUAAUGAGGUGGUGUUAUUAUGUCCUCUCAUCCCCUGCCUGACCCUGACAAGGGAGGCCAAGAGAAAAUGAAUUUGAGAGCCCGGAUGGACCAACAUCCUACCCUGCACCCUCCGGGUGAGCAGCAGCCCAGGGAUCACAAACAUGGAAGGGACCACCCUGGGACUGACUGCUCUCCUGUGCACCAGGUUCCCAAAGCUAGACAGGAAGAAGCAGGGAGCAGUGCCCCCCGCAAGGCUCCCCAACACCUAUUUAUUUCCUUGUUCGUGCUGAUGCAGGGCAGGUGCUCUCGGAGGGGCUGGGGCCAGAGGAGGGCCGGGCCCAGGCUCCAGGGCCAAGGCAGUGUGGGUUCUGGCUGUGUACAUAGGGUGCUUUAUUCUCCACAGAGUACUACAGGCCAAGGUCGGUGGGGCUUGGGCCAACAUCCCCAUAUGUACAGCAUUGAAUAAAGUGGGUCUCUGAGAA